UUUUCUGAUAUGCAUAUAAUCGUGGCUAUAAACAGUUUCGAAUGAAUAAUUUGUCCUUCUUCAUAACCGGAGUAUUCAUGUGGGUCGCAUAGAGUAGUAGUAUAGUACAAACACUCGUUUUGCCGGAGGUCCGGAGACAGCAGGAAGGAGGGUCUCUUAAGGACUCUGGAAUACUAGUCGUAUUAAUACCUGCUUCAUGAACUAAGUAAUUCGGUGCCUAAGCCAUACCCUGAAGUCCACCAGCUACUUCGCAAUCAACCAUCCACGGACCGAGGAACUAUCAGAGACCUGAAGAUUCUAUCUGAAUACAUCAAACUAAUUAGAUAUGUGGAGCGGAAUGACGCGGAACGUCAACCCGUCCGAGAUUAAGUGUGCUUUCUCGAGCAAGCACCGGAUGUACUCCGGGUCGGCCCAGGGGUUCCUGCGGUGCCUCAUUUGUUUGCUGCACGGUGCCCUCAAUUUUUCGGUCAAGCGGAAUCCAAUGUCGAAAGAAAUGGAUGAUUACGAAAUUGAACUGUGUGAAUGUGCACAAACAUCGCCAUAGCCAUCGCCAUCAUCGAAUGUGCCGCGCUGUGCUGGUCCGUCGUGCACCAAGAUGCCAUUUCCGGAACUUCCUGCAGCAGCAUCCUUCACGUCAACGCCUCUGCCGCCGCCAAUGCCAAUGUUGAUGCUGAUGCUGGUGAUGAUGAUGAUACCGAUAAACUGGACCGGCACCAGCAAUGAUCCGCCGGAGCGUGGCGUUAGCAACGUGUCCAACUUCCGCCAUUUUUUUGCCUGUUGCCCUCGAAGCGGCUGCUGCUGCUUGAACUUGGGUCGCUAAGCUGCCGUUGCCUCCAGAGAGAGUACGUGGGUGGGAAGCAAAUAAGCAUCCGAGAGCCCGGUGCAAGAUAGAUGACUUUGCAUUGCAAGAUUUACCCAAGAGAUUAUAAAGAGUUCUGGUGUACUAUUUACUCGUCGCUUUGCUCGAGUACAGAAACAUAUAUCUACACGCAAAUAUAAACCAGCACAGGAAACUAAAAGACGCUUGUUCGCUUUAAGAGUAUCGAUUUUAGGAAGAGCUUCGCUAGGUCACUAGGGUGCAUAGGAAUAGGGUGUUUGAAUGAGAGUUGCGUUUUUUUUCUGUUUGGCUCCGAUGCGAGAAAUAACAGUUUCGAGAGAGUGCUAGGAAACUGAAUAACUUAGGAUAGCUAGAGUAUGUAUACAAUGAAUGCGACAAAUAGUGAUUACGAGUUUGGUAUAGUCAUCGAGAAGCAGCCCUACGAGUCGCAGUAUUCGGCGGGAAACUUUAGCAAUGACACAAUUUACAAUGAGAGCGUGCAGAUCUGCUACUAUGCGCUGGAGUGGGAUUACGAUACGACGGUGUUCGAGUUUUGGAUCGGCGGGGUCGUGAUGAACAUCAUAGCCUUGCUAGGGAUACUCGGAAACAUUCUGUCGAUGGUCAUCCUAUCAAGGCCUCAGAUGCGUUCAAGCAUCAACUAUUUGCUGAUAGGACUAGCUCGUUGUGAUACCAUCGUGAUCUUGACCUCGAUGCUGCUUUUCGGCCUACCAGCUAUCUACCCUUACACGGGAUAUCUGUUCUACUACUACUACGUCAUUCAUCCGGUGAUAUCGCCGGUCGUCUUUCCACUGGCCAUGACAGCUCAAACUGCUAGUGUCUAUCUAACGCUAACGGUAACUCUCGAACGGUACGUAGCCGUUUGUCAUCCGCUGCGAGCACGAGCUCUCUGCACCUAUGGCCGAGCUCGGAUAUAUGUGAUAGUGAUACUCAUAUUCUCUCUCCUAUACAACAUGCCCCGGUUCUGGGAAGUUACGGUAUCACCCAUAGAUCAUCCGGACUAUGCCGGCGCGUACUGUGUGAGCGCAUCUUCACUCCGCACUCACUCGCUGUACAUCAAGGUCUACGUCCACUGGAUGUACACCGUAUUCAUAUAUCUGCUGCCCUUCAGCGCCAUUUCUUUCUUCAACAUCAUGAUCUACCGCCAAGUACGGAAAGCCAACCGCGAACGGCAACGACUCUCUCGCUCCGAAAAGCGUGAAAUCGGUCUCGCAACCAUGCUGAUCUGCGUGGUGAUCGUGUUCCUAAUGUGCAACCUUCCGGCCAUGGUGACCAACAUCAUGGAAGCCGUCUACGAUGACAUCAACGAUUAUCUAGUCAAAACGUCCAACCUCCUAGUGACCAUCAACUCGUCCGUCAAUUUCAUCAUCUACGUCAUCUUCGGGGAAAAGUUCAAACGGAUUUUUCUUCUGUUAUUUUGUAAGUCGCGUCUAGGGCGCGAAUCUCCCGACGGUUUCCUCCAUGAGGAUAGUUCCUUUUCCAAUGGCGACGGUAGCAAUCGCAAUUCAGGCCGAUUCCAGCGAGUCGGAACGACCCGCAGCAGCACCACCAAGAUCAGCAACAGCACCCUCGGUAGUAUACGCACGACUCGGACCACGAUCCGGAGCACCCGGGCUCCCUCCCCAGGCCCAAUAGUGUACUACCCAGCCCGGGAAACGCUUCCUCGAGCGCCGGCCGCUGGCAUCGCCCGGAGCACCUCCAUGUUCCAACCGUGCUGGGAUCGGGAGAACGGCAACGGUAUCAUGAUGGCCACUUCCGGCUUCUAGCCAUUGCUCAAGGGCUCCCCGGAAACCUACCAGGAGGAGGAGGCCAAAUUCUAGCCAUUCUAGCGCAUAAGUAGUGUAAAUUUCAGUACUCACGGUUAAGUUGUGGUUAAGUAAGCUAAAGAUAACGAUACCUGAUAAUUCCGUUCUAGGUCCUCGCUUCGCCAAUCGAGGAGGAUAAACGGUUGAGCCCUAGAUGCUACUUGCUCUGAGCAGAAAAUGCUAGGGAAUUCCUAAUGUAUAGGUACGAUUUAAGCGCGAGAUGCAUAGGAAAGAUUCUAUAUUUACCAGUUGUUUUUUCUACAAAAAAAAUCUAAUUAAAAUUCAAAAAUAUUAGCUCAAACUAGAGAAAUGAAAGGAAAACUUGGCGCAAACUUUGAAAUCAAGAAACCACUGAUUCGACAAUGGGUAGAUUGAGCAAACUUUGUUCAUAUGACAUGUGCAGUAACGUAAAAUAAAGCAUAAAAUCACUAAAAUUCCUACCUACAUUCUAACUUUGACUUGUUGUCAUUACGUACCCGUAUCAUUCAAGUUUUAAAAUGUAUCGAAAGGAAUAUAACGAGGAGAAGAAUUAUAUGACUCGUUUUAGUUAAAUUGUCAAUUUUUCGUUAGGACUCGUUGAUAACUCUCAAACGUUCAACGGGAGUGUAUUAUUCAGUACUUACCUGUUUGUUAUAGAAUUUGGUAAAAAAAAUUGAACUGGUACGAAAUGACAGAUGUCAUAGUAGGGAAG